AUGGCUCCCAAGAAGCCCACCAAGGCCAAGCCGGCCAAGAUCCCGGUCAUCAAGACUCCUUCCAAGCUUGGUCGCCCCAAGGGCUCUCCUAACAAGAGCUCUCCCUCCAAGGCCUCUUCCGACAAGCCUGCUGCCACCAUUGCCAUGCAAAACCACCUUCUCUUCCUGUGGUCUUGCUUCCAGACAACCGGGGCCGCUAUUGACUAUGCCGUCGUCUGCGAUGAGUAUGGCAUCAAGAACAAUGCCGCUCGCAUGCGUUUCAUCCGCCUGAAGGCUCUCAUUGAGAAGCUCCAGGCCGAGGGCAACGACAAGGCCCCGGAAGACGACAAGAAGUUCGAGGCCGAUGCCGAGCAACUUCAGGAUGAGCUGAUCGAGUCCAUUGAAAAGGACGAUGAGGAGGAGGACUAUUAG